GGUUUUAGGUCAGGAAAAAGGGUUUGGUUGAUUUUCAAUCGAAUCAUCUCGCAAAGAAGACGGUGAAGAAGAAGAAAUGGUAGCGCUCACAUGUAAUUCGUGUAAUUCAGAAUUUAAUGAUGAAUCUCAACAAAAACUUCAUUACAGAUCCGAAUGGCACCGUUACAAUCUCAAACGAAAGGUUUUAUUAUUUUCUCGGUGGCUGGAGUUCCUGGAGUGACUGAAACUUUGUUUUUAGCUAGGCAGUCUGCUCUAGCUCAAGAACAAAAGAAGGACAAUGUUACCCCAAUGUUAUAUAGCUGUGAGCUCUGUUCGAAGCAAUAUAGAAGCUCCAAGGCUCAUGAACAGCAUCUUACGUCAAAGAUGCACGCAGUGCGGGCUGCGAGCCCUGUUGAUGGAGAACCGCCAAGAACUUUGGGUGCUACAGUCAUUAGACCGCUGCCAAACCGGGUUGCAAACAAAGCUCCUGAAGAGGAGGUGGAAAGUGAAGAAAGUGAGGAUGAGUGGGUGGAAGUUGACGAGGAUGAAGAAAUGAUGGGCGAGGCCAACGGAGAUGUUACAGCCCCCGAUGAAAAGUCGGAUGAUGAUGACAUGGAAGUUGAUCCCGCCUGUUGUUUCAUUUGUGACAAGUUGCAUGAUUCCAUAGAGAGCUGCAUGGUUCACAUGCACAAACAGCAUGGAUUCUUCAUACCUGACAUUGAGUUCCUAAAGGAUCCCGAGGGUCUCCUUACUUAUCUUGGAAAAAAGGUAAACAGAGAUUUCAUGUGUUUAUAUUGCAACGAUAGGUGCCAGCCAUUUAAUAGCUUGGAAGCAGUGAGGAAACAUAUGGUCUCAAAAAGUCAUUGCAAAGUACGCUAUGGGGAUGGAGGUGAGGAUGAGGAAGCUGAACUGGAAGAUUUUUAUGAUUACAGCAGCAGUUACAUUGAUGAAGAUGGGAAACAAUUAGUUUCAUCUGAUGAUAUGAGCAACAUCGUCGAACUUGGAAGUGGCGGGUCUGAGCUUGUGAUAACAAGGAAAACAGACACGAAAACGUCUGUUAGAACUCUUGGAUCUAGAGAAUACCUGCGUUAUUAUCGUCAGAAACCACGCCCCUCUCCUACAAGGGAUAUAGCCCUUGCUAUUUCACUUGCCUCGAGGUACAAGAGCAUGGGCUUGGUAACAAGACAAUCAAAAGAACCUAUUGUGAGGUUGAAAGUUCUGAGACAGAUGAACAGGUCGGGAGUAGAACAUAUGCGUUCAAAGAUGGGUAUGAAAAGCAAUGUCAUCAGAAACCUUCCGAAUAAUGUCACACAUUGAUCUUGUGGUGAAGAAAGAACCUCAUGUUAUAACGUGUAUUGCUAUAGUAUAUGUAGUAGCAAAAAAUGGUGCUUUAUUUGCGUCCUUAUUGACUGUAUGAAUGGAAGGGUGUGAGUCUGUGAGAUAUUAUUACCUGGUACCAUUAUCUUAAUCGUCAGAAGAAUGGAUGCUUUUCCUUUUUGUUUA